UACUAGGAUCGAGCGCGUGCCAGCUCUCGCGGUGUCUCCUGCGUGCUCUCCAGCUUCCUAGGCGCGUGUCUGCCUCCUCCCCGGGUACCUAACAUACACCCAUAUACACAUACACGGGAGAGGCAGCCUGCAGUCACGUGACAGGCCGGGACGGGUGGGGAAUCAAAAACACGGAGACACGGAGAGAAAAACCGAGCAGCGGCAUGGAUAAUUUAAGUGAUGCCCUGGAGAAAUUGAAGAUAAGUGGAACAGAUCGCACAUCUGACAAGCUAGAUGGGUGUUUGGAUUGUCUGCUUCAAGCCCUUGGUCAAAACAAUAUAGAGAGCAGUGAAAAGAUUCAGCAGAAUGGCAUUCUUCAAGUGCUCGCAAGUCUCUUGAAUUCACAAUCUUCAUGCACGGCAAAAAUCGCUCACAUCAUAGCAGAAAUUGCAAAGAAUGAAUUAAUGCGUGUCCCAUGUGUUGAUGCGGGGUUGAUUCCGCCGCUAGUGAAGCUUUUGAACUCUAAGGACCAGGAGGUGUUGCUGCAAACUGGACGGGCCCUUGGCAAUAUAUGCUAUGAUAGCCAUGAGGGCAGGCGUGCAGUUGACCAAGCGGGUGGUGCACAAAUUGUAGUUGACCAUUUGCGGUCAAUGUACACUUUAACAGAUCCAGCAAAUGCGAAGCUCAUGACAGUCUUUUGUGGCAUGCUGAUGAACUAUAGCAAUGAGAAUGAUUCUUUGCAAGCUCAGCUGAUAAACAUGGGCGUGAUUCCUACAUUAGUAAAACUGUUGGGUGUGCAUUCUCUGAACGCUGCUUUGACAGAGAUGUGCCUUGUUGCGUUUGGCAAUCUAGCAGAACUCGAAUCAAGCAAAGAACAAUUUGCUUCUACAAAUGUGGCAGAGGAACUCGUAAAACUUUUUAAAAAGCAGACCGAGCAUGAAAAAAAGGAGAUGAUCUUUGAAGUUCUGGCCCCACUGGCAGAAAAUGAUGCUAUCAAGCUCCAGUUGGUGGAAGCUGGCCUGGUAGAAUGCUUACUCGACAUUGUCCAUCAAAAUGUGAACAGCGAUAAAGAAGAUGACAUUGCAGAGCUCAAAACUGCCUCAGAUCUCAUGGUGUUACUACUCCUGGGAGAUGAGUCGAUGCAGAAGCUGUUUGAGGGUGGAAAAGGCAGUGUGUUUCAGAGAGUCCUGUCGUGGCUACCAUCUAACAACCAUCAACUGCAGCUUGCAGGGGCAUUGGCCAUUGCAAACUUUGCAAGAAAUGAUGGAAACUGCAUCCACAUGGUGGACAAUGGUAUUGUUCAAAAGCUUGUAGACCUUCUAGACAGACAUGUGGAAGAUGGGAAUGUAACCGUACAGCAUGCAGCACUCAGUGCCCUUAGAAAUUUGGCCAUUCCAGUUGUGAAUAAAGCAAAGAUGUUGUCCGCUGGAGUAGCAGAAGAAGUGUUAAAAUUUCUCAGAUCCGAGAUGCCUCCAGUCCAGUUUAAGUUGUUGGGAACAUUGAGGAUGUUAAUAGAUGCACAAGCUGAGGCUGCUGAGCAGCUGGGGAAGAAUGUCAAAUUGGUGGAGCGCUUGGUGGAAUGGUGUGAAGCCAAGGACCACGCUGGUGUGAUGGGUGAAUCCAACAGGCUUCUCUCUGCACUCAUACGGCACAGCAAAUCAAAGGAUGUAAUUAGAACCAUUAUUGAAAGUGGUGGCAUCAAGCACUUAGUCACUAUGGCAACCAGCGAACAUGUAAUAAUGCAAAAUGAAGCACUCGUUGCUCUGGGAUUAAUAGCAGCAUUAGAAUUACAAACAGCGGAACGAGAUCUAGAAAAUGCCCAGUUAAUCCAGGUUCUUCACAGACUGUUGACAGAUGAGAGGAGCGCUCCAGAGAUAAAAUACAAUUCCAUGGUCCUGAUCUGUGCCGUUAUGGGCUCUGAGCCCCUGCGCAAAGAAGUUAAAAACCUGGCAUUCCUUGAUGUUGUAUCCAAAUUGCGCAGCCAUGAGAACAAAACUGUUGCCCAGCAGGCUUCGCUAACAGAGCAGAGACUGACUGUUCAGAGCUGAAAUUUGUUGGCAUGAGUUCUUGAUACUGCCAACUUUUUUUGUUGUCUGCUGUGUGCAGCUCCAGCCAUGUCCCUACCGACUGUAUCACUUGUGCAUGUGUGUUAUGUGGCCACAGAAACAGGUGAACUGCUGUGCGUACCUGUGCAAUCGUAGGCACAGAAAGAUGAAAACUAAGCCAGUCUCUCAACAUUUAUGAUUACGUCUCCCUUGUAUCCUUGUUGCUUGAACCCAGGGGUAAAAUGUGCAUGUUGUAGUCAUAUGAUGUAAAAGUGAUACUCACUUCUCCCUUAUCACAACCCUGAAUUGUGUUAUAGAAUAUCGCUAGAGAAUGGACAAUUCAGGAUAUAUAGCCAGUUCUUUUUGGAAUUGGAUUGUCAUAUGUAGUAACAACGGCUCCAUUUUUGGUGCUCUGGAUGUAGGCUAGGAAAGGAAUGUAUUUGCCACUCAUUCACUAGUCUUGCCUGUUGCUGUCAGACUUGUGGUACAGUACCUAGAGUUAACUAAUAAAACUAACAGUACCCUCUUGUCCUUUU